AUGGAGGACAGCAUGGAAAGGUUGAACAAACUACUCAAAACCAAUGUAGACAGAGCUGAAGGAGCACACAGGAGUUACCAGGAAUUCUGCUUCUUUCAUGGACAAUGCUUAGGGCAAGCUUUGAUCAAAGAGAAGGACAAAGAGAAGAAGCACAAGAAGGAGAAGAAAGAUAAAGAGAAGAAAGAAGAUAACGAAAAGAGGGAGAAAGAUAGGAGUGAUGGAAAUCAUAGGGAUAAGAAAGACAAAAAGGAAAAGCAUAGAGAGAAAAAGGAGAAGGAUAGAAAUAAGGAUAAAGACAAAAGUAGUGCCUCGGAUGGAAAGAGACUUCUGGGGCAAGCUAAGCUUAACAAUGGAGGAGGUAAAGCCUCAGAGGAAAGAAAACUUCCUGGGCAAUCUAAGUACAUCAAUGGAGAUAAAGCUGUGGAUGGCAGAAAACUUCCAGAGAAAUUUGAGAGUAAUGGUGGAGAGGUGUCCACUCAGAAGGGGAAGGAAAGGGAUGUGGAUAAAAAUAGUAUCUCUGGUGACAAAAAAUUUGCUGGACAAUUUUCAGGUUACAGUGGUCAGAAGCUCAUUCAAAACAGCAAUUUGCCUCACCAACCUAAGGAGUCUAAAUUUGUGCAAGAGCUGGGCAAGAGAGUCAGAGAUGAAGACAAAAACCAGUUCUUUGAGAAGUUCGCUGGUCAAGAUGCAAAAAUGGACGAGGGAAUGUUCAGAUCAGUGGCGAAGGCCCCAGGUAAUUGUGUUGGAGGAAACGAAAAGAACAAGAGAGAUGAUGAUAGAAAGUUGGAUGGGCAAGGAAUCAGGGAUGAGGCAAGAUUUAGUGAAGGUGCUCAGAGCCUUUCUGGAACAUUUCAGGCUAGAACUGAUGGAAUGCCAAGACCACUGGAGAGAGACAUUGAGAAGAAGAUGGAAGGGAAAGAUAAGACCAAACAAAAGGAAAGCGAGGAUAAACGGAAGGAUAAAGAGAAAAAAGGCAAAGAGAAGGAUAAAGUCAAGGAUAAAGAGAAGAAAAGGGAGGAGAAAGCAAAGGAGAAAAGUGAGCAUAAGAAGAAAGAGCCAGUUAAAUUGAAGGAAAGCAAUAUGUCUGAUGUUGUCGGUAACCAUACUUCAAAAACCUCACAUCUUCUCAAGGAAAGCACUACUAGUGCUGCCAAUGAAGUAAAUAUCAAGAAGCGAAAGGACUCGGGCACAAAUGGAUUUUUCCAUGCUAAUGAUAUUAAGCCUAAUAAGUUGCCAAGGCCUGCUUCUUCGUUGCCUCUGUCAGCUGAGAAUGGAAGAAUGUUGGGAAUGUGCCAAAUUCCCACUGCAGUUGUACAAGGUAGGCAGGAGGCUGUCUAUAGUGAUAAGGUAGAUGAUAAAGAUUACAAGAGAAAUGGUUUGAUUGAGCCACAAGCUCUGUCCAUCUCCUCAACAACCCAACCGCUAUCUACCUCUUUAACGGAGUCUUUAACAAAACCUUCACAUUCAACUGCACAAACUGAUCAAGUUGCUGAAGUGUCUAGGAAACAACCCCAUCCAGAUUCCAAGUAUCUGCCUGAGGUGCUUACAGUACCCAAAAUGGAAGAGUGGUCUGAUUUUGAGGAUCAAGAAUGGCUAUUUCAGAGCACCAAUUCCGAAGCAAAGAAGUCCAAGGUUGGGUUUUCGGGGGUUGACGAGACACCACAGGUUUGGUCAGAAGCUCUGCAGAUAGAGUCGGCUGAUCAAGGGGACUUUGUUGACCAUCCUGCACAAUCUAAUGUGAUCGACCCUCCAGAGGACCACACUGAGGAGAGGUUAAAGAGUUCAAAUGUUGGUCUGAGAGCUAUCAAUGAUCUUGCAUGGCGGAUGAGAUGGGCAGAUGGCAAAUGGUUUAUUACUUCUGCCUUCUGA